GCGAUGUUCGACAGGCGCCUCCACCUCUCCUCGCUCUGGCAGUGGAGCGUGCUUCUGCCGCUGGUAUUUCUCCAACAGGGGGCGCGCGAGUUCCGUCGCCUUGCUCGCUGGGUGGAGACAGAGCUGAGUCAGCCCGUGUCCGACUCCCACCUGGGGCACCUGGUCGGCGUCUACAACGAGCUCUGCUGCCUCUCCGGGCUACUCUGCAGCAGUCUGGCGCCGUCCAUCUUUACCUCGCUGAUGAUGCUGACCAGCAGCAUCACGGUCAUGGUGUACCAGUCGCUGGUGUACUACCUGCCGCGCUGCGCUGCCGACCCGCGCGGCGACUCGCUCUGCUGCGCCGUGUCUGCCCUCGCCACCGUCUGCAUCGCCAGCGGUCUGAUGUGGCGCACCUUCAGCGUCUGCCACUGGGCCACGGAGGCCGCCGAUCAGGCUCGCCGUCGACUGAAGCACGCCGCCGCCGCCCCGCGCCGCCCUUUGCCCCGGCCCGUGCUGGACAAACUGCACCUGACCGCCUCCGGGUACUUCGUCCUGGACCGGGGGAUGUUUUUUCAUCACUCGUACAGCAUCUUCACCAUGUGUGUCAUACUGAUACAGUUCGCACAGGACGAGAAAUGAAACUAGAGACGAUUGUUGCCGGGCACAGGCGAUGGCGCCCCAGCUCUCCUUUGAACGGUCUAAAAAUGUCGCGGCUUCACAACACCGCCAGUGCCAGGAGCACUUCCGCAUGGCCAAGAUAAAAUUGCAAGACAUGGUAAGCUCCCCAGUCCUCGCAACUCAUCCAUACAUCAUGGAUUUUUCAUAAAAUAUGCCUGAGGUUAGGUCGGUACCGUAACGUCGCUGUUUUAAAACGAUGGGGAAACAUAAAAACUGUUAUUUUUGCGUCGGAAAUGAUUUUUAGACGAACAGAAAAAUCUGCAUUAUAUGCACUCCGUGGGAGUGCAUAAAAUCACUAUUAGAUUAUCAUCUGUGAUAAUCUGAUACUUAGGUUUUGCAUAGUGGAAUUUAUGCAAGGUCAUAUUAAAAUUGGACAUGCGCUACUUGGGUCUCGUACCGGUGCAUGCGAUCUUUUUCACGAAGCUUUAGCUCAAUCAGAGGCGAGGCGUUACCUAUAACCCACAGCGUGGACUGCUGCUGUAAAUAGCUGUGUACACUGUACGGACCGUCAGCACGAAGUCAUCGGGACUCACCGUAUCGUUGGAGUCCUCGCGCCACGGCUGAGGCCGCGCUGGGUCGUGUCGGGAAGCCCGUGCAUGGCCCGUGCAGCCCGCCGCCUAUCUGCAUCCUCGAUCUCGGCGCAAUUCGGCGCCCCAGACAGACCUGCAGUCGGUGCAAACCGGGACGUGACCAUGACGGCGAGGAAGUCGAAUAUGUCAUGCCUGUCACGGAGACAAAUUGUCGACGGCUUCUGCACGGCAACCUAUGACGAGCUGCAGGAGGCGGACGAGGCGGACCACAUUGUUGCCGGCUCAAUCGCGUGUUGAUAUCGUCUCAACAAUCGAUUCGCUCAGCAUAAGCGAUGUGAGUAAUGUUUCAGCAAAUUUAGAACCUGCCUCAUCUUAGAUUCUCGUAUGGAGACCGAUGGAUCAUCGCUUUACGUGAUAAUAUACCGAGUAUGCCAGU